AUGAUUCCUGCAGUUCUCGUUUCCGCUCUCUUCUUCACGGCGCGCGCUUAUAGCGUCGAAGUAGAUCGAGUAGAUCGAGUCGCUGCUGACCAAAUCAUAUCCCAACUCGAAAGCAACAUAAAAUUAGACUCCAAAAACAAGCCAUACAAUCAGGCGGAAAAAUACUGGGAGCCAACCUGCAUCGAGCAAUGGGGUGGUUGCAACAACAUUGGAAAAUACCGGCGCACCUACCUAGAAUCGGCAGAUACAAUUAGUGUCACCUAUGAAGUCUCUCUCGAGGAGAGUAUGAUCAACGCUGAUCCCGUCGCCAACAAACUAGUUCUGAGAAACUCAACAUGGAUCACACAAUCCAGCACUAAAGGAUGGACUAUUGGUGCAAAGCUUUCUGGAACUGUUGGCAAAGAAGGCAAAGGAUCUGUCGGCGGCGAGAUCUCGGCACAAUAUUCCGACAGUAACACCAAUGAGAAGAAGGAGACCAGAGAGGUUUCCUACGAGAUGACAUGCCAACCUCACCAUGAAUGCCGCUUUGAGACCUGGACCUUCCAUGUCAAAGCUACUGGACUUUGCCAGUGGUUCCCGAUGCUCGACUGUGCUGGCGAGGUCGCUGUCUGUGAUACCUGGCCGUGGAAUGAGAAUACAUGCCAGCAGUUCCUGGACGUUCGUGAUCAAUGUCCUGCCAAGGCAAAUAGACCCCAAGAGCUUUGCGAAGUUAUAACUCCACUCUACGAGGCAGGUGGGAAGCCGUUUUCCAAAGUUGUUACUGUCUCAAUCCCGCUUAAUGGGACGAAGAGGUCAGAGCUCGGUCCGGAGUACCAGGUCAUUCUCUAG